AUAAUCCGCGUCCAGUCCCCCGACGGGGUGAAGCGCAUCACAGCCACCAAGAGGGAGACGGCUGCAGCCUUUCUGAAGAAGGUGGCGAAGGAGUUCGGCUUCCAGAACAACGGCUUCUCCGUCUACAUCAACAGAAACAAGACCGGGGAGAUCACCGCGUCGCCCACCAAGUCCCUCAACCUGCUGAAAAUCAAGCACGGCGACCUGCUGUUCCUGUUUCCCUCGAGCCUGGCCGGCCCCUCCUCGGAGAUGGAGACCUCGGCCCCACUGGGGCUCAGGGCCCCGGGGGCGCCCAGCGUGGUGGAGGACGAGAUCGACCAGUACCUCAGCCGGCAGGAUGGGAAGAUCUACCGGAGCCGCGACCCCCAGCUGUGCCGCCACGGCCCCCUGGGGAAGUGCGUGCACUGCGUGCCUCUGGAGCCCUUCGACGAGGACUACCUGCACCACCUUGAGCCUCCCGUGAAGCACAUGUCCUUCCACGCCUACAUCCGGAAGCUGACCGGCGGGGCCGACAAGGGGAAGUUUGUGGCCCUGGAGAACAUCAGCUGCAAGAUUAAGUCGGGGUGCGAGGGGCAUCUCCCCUGGCCCAACGGCAUCUGUACCAAGUGCCAGCCCAGCGCCAUCACGCUGAACAGACAGAAGUACCGGCACGUGGACAACAUCAUGUUCGAGAACCACACGGUGGCCGACCGCUUCCUGGACUUCUGGAGGAAGACGGGCGCCCAGCACGUGGGCUACCUGUACGGCCGCUACACGGAGCACAAGGACAUUCCCCUGGGCAUCAGGGCCGAAGUGGCCGCCAUCUAUGAGCCGCCCCAGAUCGGCACACAGAACAGCCUGGAGCUGCUGGAAGACCCCAAAGCCGAAGUGGUGGACGAGAUCGCCGCCAAGCUCGGCCUGAGGAAGUGUGUGGGGGCGGGGAGGCGUGAGGUCCGCUGGCCCUUCCCCCAGGACACCUACUUCCUGAGCUCGGAGGAGUGCAUCACCGCGGGGGCCUUCCAGAACAAGCACCCCAACAUCUGUCGGCUCUCCCCAGACGGGCACUUCGGGUCCAAGUUUGUCACUGCGGUGGCUACAGGUGGCCCCGACAACCAGGUCCACUUCGAAGGCUACCAGGUGUCCAACCAGUGCAUGGCGCUGGUGCGGGACGAGUGCCUGCUGCCCUGCAGGGACGCGCCCGAGCUCGGCUACGCCAAGGAGUCCAGCAGCGAGCAGUACGUGCCCGACGUCUUCUACAAGGACAUAGACAAGUUCGGCAACGAGAUCACCCAGCUGGCCCGGCCGCUGCCCGUGGAGUACCUGAUCAUAGACAUCACGACGACCUUCCCCAAGGACCCCGUGCACACCUUCUCCAUCCCGCAAAAUCCGUUCCCCAUCGAGAACCGGGACGUGCUGGGCGAGACGCAGGACUUCCACAGCCUGGCCACCUACUUGUCCCAGAACACCUCAUCUGUGUUCCUGGACACCGUGUCAGACUUCCACCUCCUGCUGUUCCUGGUCACCAACGAGGUCAUGCCCCUGCAGCGCAGCGGGGGCCUCACGCUGGAGGAGCCCCUCUUCGGGCUGCUUUUUGGAGCUGACGCCUCCAUCCUGCAGUCCCCCGUGAUCCUCUGCGGUCUCCCCGGUGGCCAGCUGCGCUGUGUGGUCCUCAAGGCCUUGGUCACCUCCCGCUCAGCUCCCGGCGACCCAGCGGCCCUCGUCAAGAUCCUCCACCACCUGGAGGAGCCCGUGGUUUUCAUUGGGGCCCUGAGGACAGAGCCGCGGGCCCGGGACACGGAGGACAUGCGCUCCGACUGCCUCGUGGCGGUUGGGCACCACGGCCGGACGCUGGCCAUCAAGGCCGGCAGGGACGAGGCGGGGCGGCCAGUGCUGGAGCUGCGGGACUGUCGCCUCCCAGGGCCAGUGCUGUGCGCCGCCAGCGGCGGGGACAGCCGUGUGUACCAGAGCACCCCGUCCGGCCUCCGCGUGCUGGACCUGGGCAGGGUGCGGCUCAUGCAGCUGCAGGGCAGAGAGCGGGGGACCCUGGUCCUGAGCCCCGACUCUGUGCACACGCCCGGGGCAGCUGAGCGGGGGCACGAGAUGCUCGCGUCCUGGCACCCGCUGCCCAGCUGCCCUCUGGCCACACCUCAGGCCCUGCCUGGAGGCAGCGGGGAGCGGCGGUCUGGCCUCGGGGGAGCCCCGGCACCGCACAGCCGGGUCCUGCCUGGGUCUCGGCCUCCGACCUGA